CCCGUUGGUGGCCGUGAAUGAACGUCUUCUCUCGGCUGUAAAGAGGCUCUCUCCCCCCUCUCUCCUUCUCUCUCUGCUCUUCGGACCGAAACGCCGCCAUCAUGCUCAUUAAGGAGUUUCGAAUUGUCCUGCCUGUGUCAGUGGAAGAGUACAAAGUGGGCCAGCUGUACGCCGUGGCGGAGGCCAGUAAGGGUGAGACGGGUGGAGGCGAAGGUGUGGAGGUGUUGUGCAAUGAGCCCUACGAGAAGGACGGAGAGAAGGGACAGUACACCCACAAGCUCUACUACCUGAAGAGUAAAGUUCCAGAUAUCCUCGCUACGAUCGCUCCGAAAGAUUCUCUGCUGGUGAAAGAGGAGGCCUGGAACGCUUAUCCCUACUGUAAAACUGUCAUUACAAACAUCUACAUGAAGGAGAAGUUCACCCUGACCAUCCAGACGUGGCACAAGCCCGACAUGGGGGAGCAGGAGAAUGUUCACGGGCUGGACAAGAGCCAGCUGGACAAGCGGACGGUCGUCGACAUCGACAUCGCCGACGGCAGCUGCAUAAAUCCAAAGGAAUACAACCCGGACCACGACCCGACCAUCUUCAAGUCCACGAAGACCGGCAGAGGGCCUCUGGGCCCCAACUGGAAGAAAGAACUCGCCGCCAACCCCGAUUGUCCGCACAUGUGCGCCUACAAGCUCGUCACCGUCGAGUUCAAGUGGUUUGGACUCCAGGGCACCGUGGAGAACAUGAUUCAGAAGGUGGAGAAGCGCUUGUUCAACCAAUUCCACCGGCAGCUGUUCUGCUGGAUCGACCAGUGGAUCGACCUCUCGAUGGACGACAUCCGGCGCAAGGAGGAGGAGACCAAGCAGGAACUGGAUCAGAUGAGGGUGACUGAGGGCCGUAAAGGUAUGGGGGCCAACGAUGACGCCAACUAACCGGCUCACUAACCUCAGCUUCCGAUAACGACACGAUUGGACUUCACUGGACCUGGAACGGCCCGACGGCCUCGAUCAAGAAUACCACACCUGCAUCCGAAUAAAACCUACUCUUAAUAAGAGCUCAUUAUGUAAAGCGGUUGUGUGUAUUUGAUCUGCUACAUUUAAACACGACCACCGCAGCUUUUAGGUUUAUUUUAUUUUAUUUGACCUUUUUAAGUCUGAAGAUGGAGCGGUCUAAAAUAUUAGAUAACAAGGUGUGUGUCGUCACUGAGGAAACAUUUAAAUUACUGUUAUCCUUAUUUAUUAUUUUUUAAUUGCAGUUCUUUUGGUUUUGUUCUUUUUGUUGUUGUUCAGUUCUCAGAGAUUUAUUGUUUGUUUUUAUUUAUUAUUCUGAAAUGUCUCCAACAGUUUCCAGCAUCGGUGCUUUUUGGAAAAAGCAACAAAAAAAAGACGAAAAUCUUCAUUUCUUUCCUCGACCCUCUUGUGCUUUAAAUGUUCUCAAGGACUUCAUCAAUACCAAGAGGCAAUAAAAACACAGCUUAUGAUUUAUGUAAAGACUAUUACAUAUGAGACAUGCAACCUUUCGUUUGGUUUUAGCUUCAUACAAAGUGUCUGAUUUAUUAUAUGUUCUGUAAGAAGCUGAACUCGGUUCUGUUUAUAUAUUUAGGCCUUAAUCUUUUGUAAAUCUUGUCCUGUAUUGAAUGCAAUAACCUGGAUUUUAAUGUUAUGAGUUAUACGACUUUACUGUAUAUUUAAGACAACUGUACAUUAGUUUACAUUAGUGAGCAAACUCCAUCCAACUGUUGUACACUUUUGAUUACAGACGGGGAAAAUACUUUAUUGUUUGCUGUAGUCAUAAAUUAUCACUUAUCAAAAGAAAUGAGCUUCCGAAAUACUUGAUGAAAUGUGGGUCUUCCUGUCGUGCCGUUUUCUUUUUCUGGUUGGAAUUUGUUUUUUAUUUUUUAUUGACAGAUUGUAAUGUACAAAUAAUUCAGGUAAAAACUAAAUAUAUAUAACAGCACAUCGGGAAUAUAUAUAUAUAGAAUAAAACACAUUCACACAUGCAAUAAAAAAAUAUAUAUUCAA